UGCACCCCGGCAGCGAGCGGAGACGCUGGUGUUGGAACUCGGGCCAAACUUGCCAGAGCGCAGGCAACCCGCCUGGGACUGUGAGGUGGACCGAGCGAGAGAGAACGUGCUGAAGGAAAACCAGACCUGCCCCCUGCUCAAUGCAGCCGGCUCAUCGUGAUGGACAGAGAUGCCGUGCUUCUUGUGCAGCUCCUGGCUUUCGCCGUUUUGGGUAAUAGUUUGUUGACACCUGGCCUUGCAGCCAAGGAUCUUGCAAACAUGCAUAAUCAAUUACAAUCAAACCAAUCAGAUGAAAAAAUUGUAAGGAUCUGUAAUGCAACAGCUAUGCUUGAAAAAGUAUACUGGUGUGGAUAUCUGUUUGAAAACCAACUUAAUGAAAUGAAUUCCAGCGACUGGUGCAACUUCACACUCAUUGCUGGCUAUUACAGUACAUUCUCGUUCUGCACGGAGUUUUCAACAGAAAGUGUUUAUUGCUACUGGCCGAAUCCACAAGUGGAAAAAUAUGUAAUUAAUAUUCACAAAUUAUUUUUUUCAAACUGUACUUCGGAAAUUAUAAUUUUUCAGGACCCACCUGACGACAUUCUCUUUAUCCUCAUUACAGUACCUAUCUGUCUAACUAUUGUAAUGAUAGCUGUGGUGGUGUGGUGCAGUAAGAGGAGUGAUAUACUGGUGUAGACUUAAGGAAGAAUAUUGCACUGCAAUACGAAGCUGUUACUUUACGUUAAUGUGAUUUAAGUCGAUUGCACUGACAAUGUGUCGAUCAAUAUUCAUUAACUACAUUUGGAAGAGGACAAGGGCCAGUGAUGAUCACAGAACUAUAAAAUCAUUGGCCUGCAACAAAUAUGUGUUAAAACUAUGAACCCUACUGGGGAAUCAACUGUGUCUGGUUUACAGAAAAAUCAAGAAUUGACCCACCCCCUCCACCAUAGACUCCCGUGUACAUGCUUCAGGCAUUGUGCACAUUCAAGUGACUCACAGUCCAACAAAUUACAUUCUCUAGUCAGCAUCAUGAAUGACACUCGUAAUUAGCUGAGAUCUCCAUUACAGUAAACAAGUCAGGAGGAACAUUUUUUUGAGAUAAUUGUAUGAAGAAGUUUCUAGCACUUGUUGAAGAAACCUUUCCCAAUCCACCAUAGGAUAACUUCUUGGAGUUACUGGGUGUGGAGCAAGCACCAGGAAGGAUGUUGAGAGUGCUUCCUGCAAAGGAGAAGAAUGAAAGGAAAUGCGACGACUAUAAUUUCAUCAGGAGUGGUACGGGAACAGACUAGACCUCUGCAUUUCCUAAACUCUUUUUUAUGACUUAAAACUAAAUAUGCUGCUCAUCCCCUCCCAGUGUAUUUUGUGUGGAAGAAAAAUGAUCAAGAAUAAAUUGUGAUGCCACUAGGAACUUUGUAUUAAACAGACAUUACAAACUGGAUAAUUGUUACCAUAAAAUGAACAAUUGUCAGAAUACAAUAGCUUCAGCCCAGUCUGAGAUCGCUGUGAUACAAGUAGAUGUGAAGGUUGCUGAGUGAUGUCCUAUUUUCUGUCUGAAAUGACAUACACCAGUUUGUAUAUAUUUUAAACAGAUGACCUCGUCAAACAAUGGCAGGAAAUUAGUGUGUUCCACUUAAAGCUAAAACACGCCUUUUUGGCAAGUCCCUGACACCCAAACUUCACGCAACUUCAAAACAAGUGAGUUGACAUGUUUAGUGAUUACCAUAACAACUUGUAAGGCUUUUUUUUAUGAACAGCAUUUGCCCGGAAAACUAUGGUUCAAUGAUCUUAGUUACUCAAGUCAUUGGCUGACAGCAGAAGUGUGUUGAAAUUGUGGACCCUACUGUAGAAACAACACAAAAAGCUGAACCUCAAGGAGUCUAAUGAACGAAAUCUGUAACUUACUAAAAUCUCCAUUAUGGCAAGUUACAAGGAACACAUGUGAACAAGAUAGAAUGGACAUCUUUGGAAAAGAUUGUAAAAAGAAAUCAUCAGUACCCACCAAGGAAGUGUUUCUCAAUCCACCCACCUGUAAUUUUUGCUGUUGAUUUCUUCAUUAUAUAUAAAAGAGGUUACCCAAUUUAAAUGGCUCUGAUUGGACAUAUCUGCCAUUCGAGUGCUUCUUGGGUACUUGCCUUCUAAUGGAGGCUGCGUAUUGCUGCACAAACAGCCAGAUCCUUUGUAAGGAGACUGAGAUUUCUCAUAAUCCAAGCUGCACUGCUGCCAUUCAGAAGAUAGGACCUGCCAGUGAUGGAUCUUACACAACAGCUGGGAUGUAGGAAUUCUUCCAAUGAAGGAGUCCCUGGUCUGACUCUGGUCCUACCCUACUACAUCAGUAUUCCUGUUUAAGACAACAGGAGGAACUACCAUCCCAUAAAGACUAUAAGAAACAUCAGGGAAUGGUUAGAACCCCAAAUAUCAAGGACUUCACCUAAUUUUCAAUUUCCUGCUGAACUUGCUAUCAUGAUUGCAAUGGAAUUUCAUCAAAGGGCCAAGGGUUUUUGAUGCUUCUAACUUCCAUGUAAAACAAAAAUGCAUGUCCUAUGAGUGAGAAAAUUGGUUGCUGCUUACAAAAUUUUGAAGAGGUCUUAUAUGUUUUUGUCCCAAAUUUUAAACCAUUUGGGUCAUAAAAUGUAUCCGUAAUGGUGGAAAAUAACAUUUAUACCUAUUUGUGAGGACAUAUUAAUUAAGUUUUAUUUGAUUUUCCCAUCUGUGCUGACUUGGAGUAGGACACAGAGGUUUAUUAAGAAGGAAGGCCAGAGUCUCUCGUGCUCCACUCCAAAGACAUAGUUUGGCAAAAAGCUCCCUUCUUCAAAAAGUAAUACCCACAGAUUAGAUCAACAUAAUAUACCUAAGAAUAAUAUAUUUUUAAUAUUCAUUAUAAUAUUAUUUAAAUAUACUUCAGUCCAUAUUGGAUUAGAAAUCCUUAAAUAUCGAAAACAGAAUUAGCUUAUUUUCUAUUUUAAAGAAACAACUAUUUUAAAUUCUCACUGACCAUGGAGAAUGGACUGACUGGCUUCUAUGUCUAAUUAUCCAAGUUGCACAGAACAAGAUGAUGUAUGACAUUGGACUACCAUUAUAAUUCAGUGCUACUUUCUGAUCUUGGCAACAGCAAAAUAUGUUGCAUGUAUUAUUGUUAAAGAUAUAUUUUCUUGACUUGGUAAGGGAAUUUGACAACAGCCAUCUUUAUGACUCUCACUUAAGUUAUAGUCGUGGAGAAGUUGGAAAGAGACUUCUGUGUGUCCUCCAUGACUAAAAUUAUUUCUUCCCUAUCCUUUAUUAGUUGACCCUCACUUCAUCCCCUUCAUAAAUCACCUGUUUCUGGACCUCUGCUGGUGGUACUCCAGUCUCUACUGAAAUUAUGCUUGAGAAUAUUUCUAUUGUUCCUGAAUGAGAAUGUUAAGUUUCAAUUCAACAGAGAUUGAUGAUGGCUGUUGACAGUAGUUUGAAUCCACAGCAUGAACAACAUUGUAAUGUAUCUACGAAUUCUGCAGUGGUUAUGCAUUCCUCCAUUGCUGGGUUCUGGCCUCUCUUUCAUUGCAAACAAGAAAAUGUAAAUGUAUCACAUUACUGUAGAAGUCCCAAAGAUAGUAGUGGGAUAAAAUCCACUUCAAUCUUGACAUAAAAUAUUUUGUCAGAGGCAGAACUGACUUGAUACUUUCAAGGGGAAGAGGAGUUCCAUUUGGGAGAGGGUGGGCUGUGCUGACUUCAAUCCUUCCUUGUGGCUGACAAUAAAAGAGCUUUUGAGGUAGUCUUUAACAGAAUAACACUGCUAAGUGGUGAUGGACUCAUUUCACUAAAUGUAUAUACUGAUGAGUGUUGGUAUCUUCACCAUUUCCAUUUUAUGUACAAUCUAAAUGCAGGAUGCUUGGAAACAAAAAAGAACAGGUCUUUAGUAAGGUUCACCUGUAGUUGACCAUAAGAAGCCAUAUACGUAUAGUCAAGCUCAUGAUUGCCAUUUGCAGUCAACCUCCUCUACAUGAAACAUCUAAGCUAUAUCCAAAAUCCUUUCGUUAUGGCAUGUCUGAGGUCAGAACCCACACCAGAUUCCAUUAUUUGUUGCUACAAUCAGUUUAUACUCAACAAGCUUGUUCCUGUGGCACAAUCAAGUUCAAUCUAUCACCAUCAAGCUCUUAUUUUUUAUUUUUUUUAUAUAUAUCUGAAGGCAAUGUAUAGUUCCAGAACUGUCAUCAGUCCACCAGUUUCUCAUCCAAUUGGUAUUUCUUCAUAUACCCAUUUAGAGAAUGAGCAUCAGAUGGCAACUCACAAGGGAAACAUCACAGCUUAGAUCACUUUUGCCCUUAACUGAUGAUGGGACAAUACCCUGACAGAAAAUAGUGGAUAGCAACCAGGACCAAGAACAGUGGCUGAUUCUUCCAUUUCUUAUCCAUGGGAAUUGAGGCUGAUGAGGUCACCCAGAUCUCUGCAAUGAUUGAAAUCAACUAACACAGCACAGGCAGAGUCGAACCUUGUGUUCUCAUCGUCUACGCAACUUAAUGUCAUGCAUGUUUGGAGUUUGCAUGUUCUCCAUGUAAUUGCAUGGGUUUCCACAGGUGUGUUGGUUUCCUCCCACAUCCGCAAAACAUACUGGUUGUUAGGUUAAUUGGCUACUGUAAACUACCCCCGGUGUAGGUAACUGAUGGGAGAAUCAGCAGGGAAUUAAUGGGACAAAAAAAAAACAAGCUGCUGGAGGAACUCAGCAGGUCAGGCCAUAUCUGUGGAGGGAAAUGGACAGUCGACAUUUUGGAUCAAGACCCUUUAUCUGGUGUGAAAGAAUGGGUUACAGGGAAAUAAGUAGGACAAUGGGACUGAUAGGAUUGCUGUGAGAUACAUUGUAGACUCAAUGCAUCUAUGUUGUAAGGAAAUAUGAAAAUCCAAAAAGCUACUGGAAGUGGUCUUCCCAGCCUCAAUUUUGUCAAUAGACUCAACAACAUGAUGAACACACAAAAUGCCAGAGGAACUCAGCGGGUCAGGAAGCAUCUAUGGAGGGAAAUGGACAGAUGAUGUUCGGGUCGAGAACCUUCAUCUGCAGUCCCUUGUGGCUCCAUUUUGCUGCUUCACUGCGAAGUCUCUUCAAGGUAUGCCCACUUUGAAGAAAUUUUCACCCACUGUUUGAUGGGGGUUCUGUGAGACCCUUUCUCACUGCUCCCCCGCUGUGAUUUCUGCUGCUCUCCUGCUCUUUGACCACGUGCUCACCCAGACUCAGUGCUGCACCAUGUGUCCUUCCUCAGUACUUGUCUCCACCACUAUCUUGUCCUUCCCAGGCUGCCCAGGUCAGUCCCAGCCAGGAUCUCAGGAAUUUCUGCCCCAUCCAUUGUUUCUCCCUAUAUUUCUCCCUCUGCAUCCUAUGUGCUACCCUCUCGGUCAUGAGUUGGUACCUUUUUCUCUCCCACAGCUCAAGGCCUCUUUUUCCAAUACUUGCCGUGGACCUCUCCUCCACUUAGUCCUCUGCUGGAUUCACGUGUUUAGCCGGCAGUUCUUUCCUUGCGUACGCGAAGGAUCGCAAGCUCACCCGCCUCCAGGCUGCCGCUGGGUCCUGCUGCUCUUCCCCCAACUCUUAUCAUGCUACUACUCCCUUCCCUUGCUCCUCCCCUCGCUCCUCUGAGCCCCCUUCUUCCUACCACCUCACCUCCCCUCAGCCCGCUACCCCACUGUCCUUCUCUGAUCCCACACCUGAGCCCAGCUCUAACCCCUUCCAUGUUUUCACCAUCCCCUCUGAUGUCCUGCCAUGACGUGGAGCCCUUCUUCCAUUGUCUCCGCCUCCAUGCCUGUUUUUCCGGCAAGCAUUCUCCACCCCCCCCCACUUAUGACCCUUUCCCCCAUCUCAAACCCUCCUCCUCCUGGACACCUCCUUCUGACCUUUUGCCCUCUCUCAACCAUUUUGUUUCCAACUGCCGAUGUAAUAUCAACUGUCCUGACAUUUCCACUCCCCUCACCCGCUCCAACUUCACCCCCUCUGAAUGCACUGCUCUCCCCUCUCUCCGUACCAAUCCCAACCUCGCUAUCAAACCCCCAGACAAGGGCAGUGCUGUUGUAGUCUGGCAGACUUACCUCUACUUUGCAGAGGCCAGACGGCAGCUCGCGGACACCUCCGCUUAUCUACCCCUGGACCAGGACCCCACCCAUGAUCAUCAGACCACUGCCUCUAAUACCAUCACAGAUCUCAUUACUUCUGGAGAUCACCCUCCACAGCCUCCAACCUGAUAUUUCCCCAACCCCGCACUGCCCGUUUCUAUCUCCAACCUAAGGUUCAUAAACAAGACUGCACUGGUAUGACCAUUGUUUCUGCCUGCUCUUGCCCUACUGAACUCAUCCCCUGAUACCUUGACUCCAUCUUGUCCCCCCAGUCCAGUCACUUCCCACCUACAUCCGGGACAACUCGCAUGCUCCUCGUGACUUCAACAACUUUCAGUUCCCUGGCCCUCACUGUCUCAUUUUCACCAUGGAUGUCCAGCCCUAUACCCUUGCAUACCCUGGCGGGAAGGCCUUGGGGCUCUCAGUUUCUUUCUGAAACCCAGACCUAACCUGUUCUCCUUUACUAACAACCUCCUUUGACUGGCAGAACUUGUGGCUUACCCUUAAUUAUCAGUCCUGAUGAAGGGUCUCGACCUGAAACAUCAACUCUCCAUUCCCCUCGACAGUCCUAACCCACUGAGUUCCUCCAGCAUUUUGUGCGUUGCUCCAAAUUCCAGCAUCUGCAGUCUCUUGUGUCAACAAUAUGAUGAGUUGCCUGAAAACAAGAAAUUGCUGAAGAUAUUUUCAUUGCUUUAUCUCUUAAUUCCACCCCUGCCUCAGAAAGAGCACAGGAACAUCUGGUGCUUUGCUCCACUUGCAGAGUUUGGAAAAGUCUAUUUGUAAUUAUCAUUAAAGUAGUAUUUUUCAGAUAUAUUACAACGCUGUUCACAAAACAAACCACCAGUAAGUGAUAAAGUGUAAACAGUGCACAUUAUGUUCAAGGUCAUAACAUAUUAAAACUUAAAAAGAAAGCUUGAAAAUUAUCUAUGUAUAUAUUAUCUUCUGUGUAUGUAAAAUAAUAAAUGGUCAGAAAUGAAGCCUAGCAUUUGGCAAUUAAUAAGAAAGCUGGACAAUGUAAAAAGAGAUGCUGUGCAUCCUUAAUAUUCAAUAUUUCAAAGUACUGCCCAAAUUUAAGUAGUCCAAUGGAAUGGUGAAAAUCUAGCUUUGGCUUGGUUCAGCUUUUUAU